AUGGCCGGGAGGGACAGGGACCCGCUGGUGGUUGGCAGGGUUGUGGGAGACGUGCUGGACCCCUUUGUCCGGACCACCAACCUCAGGGUGACCUUCGGGAACAGGACCGUGUCCAACGGCUGCGAGCUCAAGCCGUCCAUGGUCGCCCAGCAGCCCAGGGUUGAGGUGGGCGGCAAUGAGAUGAGGACCUUCUACACACUCGCUUGUGACAGAUAUCCCCGGUACAACUGGUGCCUCGUUCGGGCAGGAAGUGAUGUGCUAUGA